AUGUGGACUGUUGGUUCACCUUUCAAACAUCUGUUGACUAUAACAUUGUUUUUCUAUCGUUCUCCAUCAUAUGCAAUUAAAUGUGCUGAAGAAAAUGUAAGUAUUUUAUAUCAUGCUAGUCAGUUACACUUGCAUGCAUGUCGAUAUUAUGCAGCACUGAUAGUCGCUGCUCUACAUGGUUAUAGUAAAGAACAAUUGUUGGAUGGUGAAUUUUAUAAUAAACAUUUGCGACUAGGAUGUGAACCGAAAUUACACCAUGAUAUCGAAAAAGUUGUACAAGGGUCUUAUAAACGUGGAAAUGACAGUAGCAGUACAGAUUUGUUGGUUAAAUCAUUGGAAGUAGCGUUAAGUAUAUUUUGGAAUGAUGGAAACAGCUUUAAGGUCGGACUUGAACAAGUUAUGACGGUACAAAACGACAAUAAAGAUGAAAUAGGAGUCAUCUAUAGUCAGUUAGCUGGUGUUGUCUAUGAAGAUUCUAAUAUACCAGAAAAUUGGAAACAGAACAUAUAUGGAAAAAAUUUUAUCGAAUGCGUAGCGAAAUGGUUAGAUUAUGAAGGACAAUGUUGGUUUAAAAAGAGAAAGUCAUUUUAUGAAAUGACAUGUGGAUUAGAUCCACAACUGCCACAGUUUACUGGUGAUUUUACACCACUAGUCAAAAUAUUGGAUACAAAUCAGUAUAAUACUUUAUCUUAUCCAUUAAAUGACAAAGACCAUGCAGAAUUAUUGAAACAAAUAUAUCACCAAUGGUUAGGGCAAUUAGAAGAUGGUUACGUUAUUCAGAAAAUCGAAUUUAUAAAUAAUCCUGACUAUUAUCAAACAUUUUUACAAGAAAUAUUGAAAGUUGAAAAACGACAAAAACAAAAGGCAUUUCAGUCAGAUUUAUCAAAAGAAACUAAUCCUGAUGAACGGCGACAAGUUCUAAAGAUAUUUGAUGGUUUAUGUAGACAGGUAAAACAUAAUCGUACGUCAAAAUUUGUUCGAAUGUGGCAUGGGUGUGCUCGAGAAAUAGUGCCCCAUAUAAUAUCAGAAGGAUUUGCUGCCAAUAGUGACAGAGAUGAAGGUUGGUAUGGAAAUGGUAUUUAUUUUACAUCAUCAGCUCAGUAUGCAUCAGUUUACAGUGGAAAGAAUGGAUGCAUAGUGAUGUGUUAUGUGUUGGUUCUGAAUCCUUUUCCGAUCAUUGAUAUGAAGGACGGAGGUCGGUUUCAAGGCCGGGGUAAUUAUAAAAACUACCACGGUCAUUACGUUAACACAUGUCCUGAUGAAUUUGUUGUAUUUCAAGAAACAUAUAUUUUACCACAAAUUGUUGUAUAUUUUGGGUGA